CGGCAGCAGUGCUGGCGCAGGUUAGCUGGCAGGGAGGUUGUGUUCCGCCGUCACAGUCCUGCUUCACCGCCGCGCAACGCGCCCCGUGUCACAACAUGGCCAUGUGAGGCUGAGGCUGCCGACGACGGCUUCCAGCUAUGGUACACGGAGAGGGCGCGCGCCCGCUGUGGCUGUUGCUGGUGUGGCCGCUGCUGCUGGCCGCCCCGGCGCUCUGCUGGAGGGACUGGCGCGACAGCGACAGCGACAAUGACGUCAUGCCGGCCACGGGCGAGCCCGACGACUACAACGUCUCCGCAGCGUCCGCUGGAGGCGCGCUGGACAUCCUGCGGCUGCUGAACGUGUCGGGCGGCACGCCUGGGGUGCGCGUGGUGGCGGGCCUCGCCCCCGGCCUGGAGGCGUACCGGCUGCGGCCCGCCUACGGCCGCGUGCGGCUGCCCGCCCCGCAGGCCGUCACCGCCGCCCUCACCGCCCCCACCGGCUUCACGCUCGUCUUCGUCUACCGCCAGCAGCGCAAGUCCCUCGGGACUCUGCUGUCGGUGCACUCGCCGGGUAAGGUGAGCCCGUGGCUGCAGCUGACGUCGAACCAGAGGACGGGCCAGAUGCUGCUGCACUACCGCCUGCAGGGCGACCGCAAGCUGCACCAGCUGUCGUGGCCGCUCUGGGCCGGCCACGGCGGCAGCGUCGCCGAGGCGCGCAGAGCGAGCUCGGGCUGGACGCACGUGGCGGCGGCGUGGCAGCCGGGCGCGGGCCGGCUGCUGCUGCACCUGGACUGCGCGGCGCCGCGCCGCCUGCGGCUCGCCUCCAGGGCGCCGCUGCACGUGCCGACGGACGCCCUCGUCUACUUCCGCCAGGAGCCCGGCCUCAAGAAGAAGUUCCUCGGAACCAUCCAAGUGGCAAAAUUGCUGCCCUAUGCCAGCCAGAUGCAGCAGGAGUGGACAUGCAAUGGCACACAUCCCCAGCUCACAUCAAAAGAAAUCCCUAGUGUUGUUGCUCUUUAGGAAAAGUCAGGAGCACAGUGAAAAAUAUACAUAUAUACAGCGAUGUUCUUUUGUAACUCCACUAUCACAAACAUAUGACAUAUUUGAUAUCCAGGAAAGUAUGAUACAGUCACCAAAAGUUCCUAAUAAAUUUAGGUGACACGAUACAGGACACUAUUGUGAUAGUGCUGUGGGUGAGCCACUUAAAAUGAACUCCAAAUAGUUGCAAUAUUGAUAUGAGUUAAGACAUAAAGUUCUUUAUUUCAUUGUGAACCACAUGAUGACAUGAAAUAAAUCCACAUUAUUUAGGUGUAAGAGCAAUAUAAUUUGUAAUUUUAUAAUCUGAAAUUAAUUGUAAUUUAAUUAGUUUUAGUAACUUUACUGUCAUUAAAUUAUAAACUACUUUAAUAAGAUAAUGCAUUCAUGUUGUUUGAAUGUGACUUGCAUACACAGACCAUACUGAAAAAUAAGGAUAAUAACAAAAUCACUGAAAACAUAAAUACAAAUUAAAAUUUUAAGAUUUGUCGUUUUUGAGGAAUUUAAGUUAACAUUUUUUCUUACUCUACAGUUAAAAACUAAAACUCAAAUGUAACUGGAAAUUUGACAGUUGUUAUGUCUUAUUAGAUAUUCAAAUCUAUGUCAGAAUGUGUCUUGCUUUGUAGCUCACAUCUUGAAAAGGAAUUGAUCUAUGUUCAAAUAUAUCAAACAGAUAUAUGAAGACUGUUGAGAGUAGGUUAAACAAAGAAACUGUCUUUGAAAUGUUUACUGUCAGUGGAAACCUUCAGAAGAAUGCCAACAUUCACAACAGACAAAAUAUGUCUUAAAAGUAGAGGUUGUGAGUUAUCAUUGAUGUGCACUGGGAUGAUUUAUUGAAAUGCAUCCUUCCCUUUAUAUAAAAAAAAAGAAAACAGGUCUCAGUUUUUUAAUUUUGCUAGAAGGAUUUGAGGAAAGCAUGUGUUAUUAAAGUUCAACUCUGUAAUAAAUUAUACAUUCACUUUCCAGUAUGCUUUUCAGAGGUAUAACACAUCUACAUCAAGUAAAUUAAAUUGGUAUCACAGUAGCUUUACAUUAAUUCUAGAUAUAAGUUUGUCUAGAAAUAUACUGAAGGCACUAGUGUCUAGCAGAACAGUUGAUUGUAAUGUAGAUUUUAUAAUCAAUUACUUGUUCAAAUUCAAUUAUUUCAAAGUUAUUUAUACAGUUUUAUUGCAAUUUAUUAGUUCUUCCCUUUUCAUCUAGAAUUUUCUGCGUUAUUCUCAUACUGGAGACAUAAAGUAAUGUCACAGUGAAAGUAUUCAUACUGAAUAUGAAAUUAUAAAUCAAUAAAUAACAUCUAAAGUUUUCAUAUGCCUUCUGUGAUUUUAGGUGUACUCAUGGACGCAAUUUAUUUCCAAGAGAAUACUUGUGUUACAUAAAAAAAAAAAAAUUCUACUGAUAACCUAAAACAUUUGUUUACAAUUUUAGGUAUGUACAAUUUUAUUGUUGGUAUUUAUAUUUAGCAUCUGUUAAUAGUGUACAUUGAUUAUUGAUACUUAAAUUAUUUUUCAGCCUUCACUGUUAAAUUUGUGUUUAAUUUUUGUUGGUAAAACAAUGCUGCAAUAAAGUGUUUUUGUGGAUUA